AUGGUUUCCCCAGCUCUAGAAGAAGAUGUUCCCAUACUAGACAUGGGAGAUUCAGCUUCAGCGACGGUUGCUGCCAUCGCAGAAGCUCAAACAAUAUCAGCUGAUGAGGUAGCUCUAUAUGAUCGCCAGAUUCGACUCUGGGGUAUGGAAGCUCAGGCACGAAUGCGCAAUGCCCACAUUCUCCUCAUUACAAUUCGGUCACUCGCAAACGAAGUUGCAAAAAAUCUUGUUCUGGCGGGGAUUGGCUCCCUCACAGUUCUUGAUUCGGAAGUUGUCCACGAGGAUGACCUCGGCGCACAAUUCUUCAUCGGAGAAGAACAUAUUGGCAUGAACAGAGCCGAAGCUGCUGCACCAGCUAUACAACGCUUAAAUCCUCGUGUACCGGUACAUGUAGACACAUCCAAGCUUGAGACAAAAGACUCUAGCUAUUUUAAGCAGUUUGACAUUGUCAUUGCGACUGAGUUGGACUUAGAUAGUUUGCUCUUGAUCAACUUCUCAACACGACAAUGCGGACGUCCUUUCUACGCGGCAGCAACCUACGGUCUAUACGGCUAUAUUUUUGCGGACUUAAUAAAGCACUCUUUUGUCAUUGAGCGUGAGAAAUCGAAUAUGAAGACAGAUCUGAAAAAGGAAUCAGCAACACGCACGGUCAUCGGAGUCACCGAAAAAAAGGAAGGCGAGAAGACCAUUGAGUUUGUGACAAAAGAAGAGGUUUACACUCCUCUUGUAGAGGUGCUCAAUUGUGAAAUCGACAAGACCUGGAAGAUAAGAAAACGGAAAACUGUUCCAGCAGUUUUGCCAGGCGUUAGUGCAAUGUGGGCAUUUCAAAAACAACAUGGACGUCUCCCGGAAUGCACAAAGAACGACUUUGCCGAGUUCACAAAGCUUCUGACAGAAGCUAAUCGCCAACUCAAUCUUCCUGAGGAAAUCGUCCAGUCCUCCUUCAUCAGCUCAUUCGUCGAGAACGCCACUUCCGAAUUGACACCAAUUUCUGCAAUUCUUGGUGGCAUCCUGGCCCAAGAUGUGAUCAAUGUUCUUGGAAAACGAGAACAACCUUUACAAAAUCUUUUAGUUUUUGAUGGAAAUACUAGCAACUUACAUGAUUCAUUGAUUAUCUAUCCUUGUUGUAUUAUUAUCUGUAACACGAAUCAUCACGCGGCUCCUCCCAUGAGAUUAGUACAAGAUUUACAUGUCGAGAUUGCAAGACCUAGUCUCGUCCCUGGGCCUUUAUCGCAGCUUCUGCAGACACUUCAGACCCUACGCCCUAAAGUACAUAGUGUCAAUGCAAUGCAUUGUCUCUUGGUCAUGCUGGGGGUACAUGUGUCUUUGCGCAGAAAUUACAACAUCAUUGUAUACUUAACUGGGGCACCAAAUCCAUGCCACAAUACCCCUAGAGCAAAGGCGCACCCAGUAGAAUACACGUACCCCACUAGGCGUUCCUUUUAG